AUGUCCACCAAGAAUGCAUCAUUUCCAUACCCACCCAUCGAAACCGAGAAAGACGCCCUGCGCAUCCUCACGAUAGAGCCAGGAGACUUUCCUGAUCUCUUGGUAUGCACUCUCGACCCCUUUUUCUUCAGCCAAAAGCCCAAAUAUGUUGCUCUCUCCUACACAUGGGGAAGUUCCUACAAGGACAACGCCAAACUCCCCUUGUCUCGCUUGACAGCAACAGCACUCUCCCCAAGCCAAGAUGUCCUCCCCCUACCAGCAUCACCAUUCCGGCCUGGAAGCAACACACCUUUGACAACCCUCCUACUCCGACAAAGAACAAUGUCCUCCCUCUCACCACCCUCCACCCAGCCGACCACCGCCCCAUCUCCCCCGAUCACGGUCAACAACCACCCCUUCCACAUCAGCCACAACCUCCACCUCGCCCUGCUACACCUCCGCUCCUCCACCCACCCGAUCAGGAUCUGGGCAGACGCAAUAUGCAUCAACCAAUCCGACACUGCCGAGCGAAACAGACAGGUCUCCCUCAUGUCCUCCAUCUACACUCGAGCAGGUUAUGCGGUCGUCUGGCUAGGCACAAAGAACCACACAGUCAAUCACCCUGCCCCCUUCUCUUCGUCCGGCGGACCGGCGGUAUAUCGAUCAAUGUCACUAGAGUGGAAAGCCGGCCAGACUCAGCACCUCGCCGCGGGCCUGGUUCUCCAACCUACUGGGCAGCCCCCCAGGAUCAAGAUUUGGUACUCCCCAAGGCCCCCACAAGCCACCCUGAUGCGUCUGGCGGAAAGCACGUACUGGACUAGACUUUGGGUGGUGCAAGAGGUGUGCCUGCCGAGGUCGCUGCUGGUUGUGUACGGGUCAGAUAUAUGGGCUUACGAGGAGUUUCAGGGGUGGGUGCAGGUUGGGAAUGGUAAUACUGGUGACGGUAUGGGAGGGCAGCUUCAGAGACCCCCGCCCCCACAACACACAGAGUCUCAGCUUGUGGCUACCAUCAUGGCUCCUAUGCGGAGGCUACUGGAAACAAGAGAGAAGAGGCAUACCAGCAUGAUGGCGCUGGAGAGCCUGGUGGAGAGGUUCGCGGGGAAUGAGUGUAGUGUAGUGAGUUGA